UUUUAUAGCUCUGGCAUUAAGAAAGAAGAAUGGCAAGACGAUCAGAAUUUCCUGAGUAUGGAGCAGUACGAGAGUACCAUGAUGAUCCAUAUCAUGGAUCAGCUAAUAUGAAAUUCUCCAAGAUAUGCAAUGAGAUCAAGGCUAAUAUCUCCAACAUAAAUGUUGGUGCAAAUUCUGUGGAGAAAUUAAUGAGAGCCAUUGGAACAGACAGAGACAGUCUGGAAACGAGAGACAGAAUUCAUGAAGUUUCAACAAAGACAAACAAGAUAGUUCAAGAAACAACAAGGCAAAUGAGAACCAUUGCUGCAAUGACUGGACUAGAAAGGCAACAAAAGUUUCAAGUUGAUCGAUUAAAGAAUGAUUUCCAAGACUCCGUCCAAAGAUUCACUUCUUUACAAAAGAGAGCUGCAGAACAAGUAAAGAAAACAGUCAAAUUAUCCAGUCAGAAACCCAAGCCAAAGUCUAGUGGAGGAUGGAUGGAUGAUGAGGAUGAUGAAGUUAAAUUCCUGGAGCAAGAGAGGAAAAGAGAAGAACAGCAAAUACAAGACCAGAUCAUUGAAGAUGAUCUGGCUCUGAUCAGAGAUCGUGAGGAGAGGAUCCGACAAUUAGAGUCAGACAUCCUGGAUGUAAAUGAGAUAUUUAAGGAUUUAGCCACACUGGUUAAUGAACAAGGAGAAACCAUAGAUUCCAUAGAAGCUAAUGUAGACAAAGCCUAUACAAAUGUUGAGUCAGGAACCUCACAACUUUCCAAAGCAGCUGAAUACCAAAGGAAGUCUCGGAAGAAGAUGUGUAUUUUACUUGUGAUCUUGGUGAUUAUAGCAGCGGUUGUGACAAUAAUAAUUGUGGCAGCUGUAAAAUCCUGAAGUAUUGUACAAUAUUAGACAAAGGAUACAGUGAAGUGAUUUAUGAUGACCAACUGAUGUUCCAGGCAGUGAAACAACAGGACUUUUCAUUAACUUAAUAUUCUUAUAAUUUUUUCCCCCAAUAUACAGGAUGUACAAGGUAAUUUAGGGUCAAUUAGAUCACUCUGUGUCCAUUCCUUGCUGUGUCUCUCAUGCUCAUCAUGCAUUACCUAAUUGUGAAAAUUUCUUAAUUUCUUCAUCUGAACAACUUGGGUGAGAUUGACCAAUCUGCAAUGCAUAGGGCAUAAGGAGAAUGUUGCUAGUUUGUUUAGAAUUAGGAUCAUGCUCCAGUGCAAAGGGAAAAAAUCAAGAAUUGGGAAGAUUAUGUCAUAUAUAACAUGUUAUCUACUCUAGAACCAAUGCCAAACUUACCUGACAGCUUCCUUCAUGUGAAGACUCAGUUCUGUUCAGAUCUUGGUCCCCAAGCCAAGGCAGGCACUUGGUAGGGUUCCGUAUUUUAUGCUUGAUAUAGCAAAAACAUUUUUUAAAAUCAUAUGUAUCAGACAGAGAGACACCAGGGUUUAGGAAUGGUGAAGUGGAAAUAAUCACCUCAUUUAGUGUACAAUCAGACUUUUUCAAAUAACCUGGAAUUUUUUUUUUUUUUUUUUUGAUCCACAGCUGGGGGUUAAUCUUCUUUCACAAGCAUGUAAUGCAAAUAAAAUUAUUUUAAAUAUA